ACAGCACAUGCAUUGCAUGCAGAAGGUUCCAGAUUCAAUCCCUGGCAGCUCUAGGUAGGCUGGGAGGGACCCCUGUCUGAAACUCUGGAGAACCGUGACCAGUCAGUAUAGGCAACAUCUGACUAUGGGCCAUGUUGACUGAAGGCGGAGCCCAACAACAUCUGCAGGGCCACAAGGAGCCACCCAUGUUGAAGAACACUGAGCUGGAUGGACCAAUGGUCUAGCAUGUGGUCUGAAGCCUCAGUGAUUGUAGUAAAGCAGAAGUCUGCUUCCUGCAGAAUUAUGCGUCCAGAUGAUGCCAAUAUUGCUGGGAAUGUCCAUGGAGGCACCAUAUUAAAAAUGAUUGAGGAGGCAGGUGCCAUCAUCAGCACUCGCCACUGCAACUCUCAGUCUGGGGAGCGGUGUGUGGCUGCUCUUGCCCGUGUGGAGCGCACAGAUUUCCUUUCCCCAAUGUGCAUCGGAGAAGUGGCUCAUGUCAGCGCAGAGAUCACCUACACAUCCAAGCACUCUGUGGAAGUCCAGGUGCACGUGGAAUCUGAAAACAUCCUCACAGGUGCCAAGAGGGUGACCAACAAGGCAACUUUGUGGUAUGUGCCUCUCUCUCUCCACAACGUGAACAAAGUUUUGGAAGUCCCUCUGAUUCAGUUUGCAGGGAAGGAGCAGGAGGAAGAAGGGAGGAGACGCUAUGAAGAGCAAAAGCUGGAACGUUUAGAAACGAAGGAGAGGAAUGGGGACGUCAUCUUGCCAGUGAUCAACCCAGAGCCAUACACGGUCGGCUACAGCCAGUCCAGCUUGAUCCACCUGGUGGGACCAUCUGACUGCACCAUGCAUGGAUUUGUACAUGGAGGUGUUACUAUGAAGCUGAUGGACGAGGUAGCUGGGAUUGUGGCUGCUCGCCACUGCAAGACCAACAUAGUCACAGCAUCUGUGGACGCCAUAAAUUUCCAUGAGAAGAUUAAAAAAGGCAGUGUGAUCACAAUUUCUGGCCGCAUGACCUUCACGAGCAAUAAAUCCAUGGAGAUCGAGGUCUUUGUGGACGCUGACCCCUUUGUAGACGAGUCUCAGGAGCGAUACCGGGCUGUCAGCGCAUUCUUCACCUAUGUGUCCCUAAGUAAGGAGGGGAGGCCACUCCCUGUCCCACAGCUGGUGGUAGAAACAGAAGAUGAAAGGAGGCGCUUUGAGGAAGGGAAAGGCCGCUACCUCCAAACCAAAGCCAAGCGGCAGGCACAGACUCAGCCGCUGACUCAGCAGUGACAGCUCCAGCCAGAGCCCCUUCCAGGAGAGAGCCGCAAUCAGCAGAUCCCCUCAGCAAUCUUCACAUUGGGCAUAUUAAUUGCAGGCCUGACUGGUGGCGCAUCGAGCCCUUGGGCACCCCGACUCCCCGGAGAGCGAUCCUCCUGUCUUAUCUGUAACUGUAGUAGCUAGUCCAACCAGCGCAGUAAGAGCAAUGCUAGGCCGCCGGGGGGGGGGGGCUGGAAAGUGGAGAUGGAAACGCCGCUGGGGAAUUGUGGCGCUACAGGGCCUGUGUAUUUUGAAGGCUCCCCCACAUAUUGGGGGUUGUGGUGCGUUACCAGCUUUGUAAAAAGAAUUGUCUUGAAACUCUUGGUCAGCCUCCCCCAGCCUGGUGCCCUCCAGAUGUUUUGGCCUAUAAGUCCCAUCAGCCCCAGCUGGCAUGGUGGCAGUCGUAGUGCAAAAUGUCUGGAGGGCACCGGGUUGGGGGAGGCUACUCUGGGUGCAUACAGAUCAAUUGUACACUUGGAUGAGCAACAGCAGGGAUGCGGUAAUACUUUUGGAGGCUCCUCUCCCUCCCCUGCCCAGCACUAGCAUUCUCUGAAAAUGAUGGCCAGACAACUAGUUCAGGUUAUCCGGGGCCUUGCGUCUAUAUCAUGCUGCUGUUUCACGUCUGUUCCUUCCUGCCAGCGAACACCAAAAGCUUCUCUGUGACAGUCACAAGCCUAAAAAUACUGUUCAGUAUUGUUAUCAGGUAGUCUUUCAUGGUUCUGUUCCAUUGAAUAUCUGUAUAUGUAGGCCUAUAAUUUAUUUAAUGAAUAUUGUGAAUAAAGACUGUCUGCCUUUAUUUCAGUGA